AUGCCGGAUACCACAAGGAAUACCAAGCUGCUGCUUAGCACACCAUCCUUCACAGAGUCGCUAUCUUGGUUCCUUGAAGCCACCUUAAAUACAUUGACCAAGGCAGAGGCCAAAACCAUCUCUCAAGAGCAGGUUUUCUCCUCCGGGGCAUCUUGUUCCCUCUUGGUGCAAUACAAGAACACAGGCCCUGUGUUCGCCAUACCAACUGCAGACUGGCAAAGCAGGUAUGAGAUUAAUGGCUUUUCUGUACAACAAAGGCCUUCCUGCACGGCGGCAGAAUUCAAUAUGCAAACCCCACCACCCUGGCUUCAGACCCACCCUCCCAGCUCGGUGGACAGCAGCAGCUCGAACCCCAUAAUCCCAGACACGGGCCUGCCCCAGCUCUGCCUGGAAGACUCUCUUUUCCAGGGCCCAGGGGAUCAACUAUUCCGGGUGGGAAAUAAUACCACUAUUCCAACCAAGAAGAGCCAGGUACUCUCUACUGCCGCUGAUGGUCAGACACAAGUGGAAAUGAAAGUGUGUCAGGGUGAGAGAGAGAUGGCUGAAGACAACAAACUCCUUGGACAGUUUACUUUGAUUAGAAUUCCACCAGCCCCUCGUGGAGUUCCUCAGAUUGAAGUUACAUUUGACAUUGAUGCCAAUGGGAUCGUACAUGUUUCUGCUAAAGGUAAGGGCACAGGACGUGAGCAGUAGAUUGUAAUCUAGUCUUCUGGGGGGUUAAGCAAAGAUGAUACUGAAAAUACGGUUAAAAAUCCAGAGAAAUAUGCUGAGGAAGACCGGCAAAAGAAGAAACGAGUUGAAGCAAUUAAUAUGGCUGAAGGAAUCAUUCAUGAUACAGAAACCAAGAUGGAAGAAUUCAAGGACCAAUUGCCUGCUGAUGAGUGCAACAAGCUAAAAGAAGAGAUUUCCAAAAUGAGGGAGCUCCAGGCUAGAAAAGACAGUGGAACGGGAGAAAACAUUAGACAGGCGGCAUCCCCUCUUCAGCAGGCAUCAUUGAAGCUCUUCGAAAUGGCAUACAAAAAGAUGGCAUCUGAGCGAGAAGGCUCUGGAAGUUCUGGCACUGGGGAACAAAAGGAAGAUCAAAAGGAGGAGAAACAGUAAUAGCAGAAAU